UCUACCGGAAGACGCAUUGUCGCGCCCGGAAGUCUAGUGUUGUUCUCAUCCGGUUCAAGUUGUGAUUGUGUGGCGUGUGGUGAAGGUUUUGUGUUCAAUACUGAUUGCCGUGUUGCUGUUUUAAGCAUGACUGAGGACGUACAGAAGCACUCGGUGCACACACUCGUGUUCCGCUCUUUGAAGAGGACUCAUGAUAUGUUUGUGUCGGAUCACGCUAAAGCAGUAGCGCUGGACGAUCAGAGCUACAAGAUGAAGAUGGCAGUGAAGAUGCGAGCGGAGUAUAAGCCCGUGCUGCACAUGCCUGUGCUGAAGGAGGGUCGAGAGCGAGGGUCUGACCCCUACGGCCCGCUGGGAUACACGCUGCCCGAUGCUAGUCCAGAUUACAUGGUGACCGGGACUCAUCCGUAUCCAUCUGCUCCGGGAGUGGCCCUCACUGCAGACACACAGAUGCAGAAGAUGCCCAGUGAAGCAGCUGUUCACUCCAUGGCUCUGGCUCUUCCUCCAGCUCAAGCCAGGCAGGAAGCCAGUCGGACUGCAGCCAGUGUGGCAGAAAUCCACCGACACGCCGGAGCCGGGGAGCGAUCGCAUCCACCGCAGCACGCACUGUCUCUCCUGGAGGGAGGCACAAAGAGUUCUGCACUGGUGCCUAGAAAGGCUCCCACUAUGCCCAAACCUCAGUGGCACCCCCCAUGGAAACUGUACCGAGUCAUCAGUGGUCAUCUGGGUUGGGUCAGAUCUAUAGCAGUGGAGCCUGGGAACCAGUGGUUUGUGACUGGAUCAGCAGACAGGACUAUAAAGAUCUGGGAUCUUGCGAGCGGGAAGCUGAAGCUGUCUCUGACGGGUCACAUCAGCACCGUGAGAGGAGUCGCAGUCAGCACUCGCAGUCCUUACCUCUUCUCCUGCGGCGAGGACAAGCAGGUCAAGUGCUGGGAUCUGGAGUACAACAAGGUUAUACGACACUAUCACGGCCAUCUGAGCGCAGUCUAUGACCUGGACCUCCAUCCUACCAUUGAUGUGCUGGUGACCUGCAGCAGAGAUGCCACCGCCAGAGUUUGGGACAUCAGGUCCAAGGCAAAUGUCCACACUCUUUCUGGACACACAAACACAGUGGCCACCGUCAAAUGUCAAAGUGCCGAACCUCAGGUGGUUACAGGAAGUCAUGACACCACCAUCAGACUCUGGGAUCUGGUCGCUGGCAAGACUAGAGCCACUCUGACCAAUCACAAGAAGUCUGUCAGAGCGCUGGUGCUCCAUCCCAGACAGUACACCUUUGCCUCUGGCUCUCCAGACAACAUCAAGCAGUGGAAAUGUCCCGAUGGGAACUUCAUCCAAAACCUUUCAGGACACAACGCCAUUAUCAACACGCUGGCGGUCAAUUCAGACGGCGUUCUGGUGUCAGGAGCUGAUAACGGCACCAUUCACAUGUGGGACUGGAGGACUGGCUACAACUUCCAGAGGAUCCAUGCGGCGGUGCAGCCCGGCUCUCUGGACAGCGAGUCUGGGAUCUUUGCGUGUGUGUUCGAUCAGUCUGAGAGCCGCCUCAUUACAGCAGAGGCCGACAAAACCAUCAAGGUCUACAAAGAGGACGACACGGCUACUGAGGAGUCCCAUCCGGUUAAUUGGAAACCUGAGAUUCUGAAGAGGAAAAGAUUUUAGUUUUUGUAUUUUUGUAUUUUUAUUUUUUUCCUAUUUCAAAGGUUUCAUUUUGUUACGUUUUCGCCGUCUAAGACACAAACACAGUUUUAGACUUUGAAUCAUAUGACGCAUUUAGCUUUGCUCUGUCUAUUAAAAAAAAAAAAAAAGCAACACUGCAGUUGUCUUCA